CGCGGUCGUCGAGUGUCUAGCAAUCCAGGUGCUGCAGGCCAAAAGAUGUUCACGUGUCGACACGAUGACUGUGGCAAGGUGUUCAAGCGAUCUGAGCAUUUGAAGCGUCACAUCCGCUCGAUCCAUACGCUCGAGAAGCCAUUCGAAUGCCCGUAUCAUUCCUGCUCCAAGCGCUUCUCGCGGUCCGACAAUCUGAACCAGCACAUCCGCAUCCAUCGUCACACCAACAAGGACAAGAACAACAGCAGCAGCUCCAGC